AUGUCCUCGCCUAGUAAGGCUCCUGCCAUGAAAAAAAAAGCUCCUCAGAACUCGCCCAAAUCGCCCAUCAAAGAGAGGACUUCCCAGAGGUCGCCCUCCAAGACAAGUGGUUUAACCGACGACCAGUUCAUAGUUGAGAUCCUCCGAGCCAUCACCUCCAACGGCCAGAAUGGAACUACGUCCACUGCUAAUUCCACUGUCUCUGGUUCACCCAAAGGGCUCCCUGGAAAAAAACCUCGUGCUGAAAAGGCCAAAGCUGCACCAGCCAAGGUUGAACCUUCUGAUGAGUUCUCUGGCUCAGAUUCAGUUGAGCACCGCCCUGAUGCCGGCUCUGAUGAUGUGGUUGACUUGAUCAAGAAUGAACCGACUGAGGAUAUGUCUGAAUUUGUGAAGGAAGAACUAUCUGGUAACUUGUCGGACUUGGUCAAAGAUGAGUCAUACGACCACUCUGAGGAAAAUUAUGCUGAUGCUUAG